GCCCGCUCCGUUUUCUUUCCUCCUCGUGCCCAUGUCCGGCGCCGCGCAUCGUGAGCGCGCCCGCCCGUGUGAAGGCAGGAGAGGGAGAUAACGGCAGAGGCUGCCCCCGCCGGCACCCAUGGGAGGGUGUGUGGGCACCCACCACGACUCCUCGGGCAGCCUGAAUGAGAACUCGGACGGGACCGGAGUGGCCUUAGGACGCAAUCAACCCUUGAAGAAAGAUAAACCCAAAUGGAAAAGUGAUUACCCUAUGACAGAUGGACAGUUGCGCAGUAAACGGGAUGAGUUCUGGGACACUGCACCGGCUUUUGAGGGGCGCAAAGAAAUUUGGGAUGCGCUGAAGGCAGCAGCACAUGCAUUUGAGAGUAAUGAUCACGAAUUGGCCCAAGCAAUCAUUGAUGGUGCAAGUAUAACAUUACCGCAUGGUGCCCUUACUGAGUGCUACGACGAACUGGGAAACCGUUAUCAGCUACCUGUUUACUGCCUUGCCCCCCCAAUUAACAUGAUUGAGGAGAAGAGUGACACAGAAACUUUGGACAUCCCUGAGCCACCUCCUAAUUCUGGACAUGAAUGCCAGCUACGACUGCGCCUCUCUACAGGCAAAGACCUCAGGCUGUUGGUGCGCAGCACAGACACUGUAUAUCAUAUGAAGCGGCGACUCCACACUGCAGAAGGAGUUGAACCCGCCAGCCAGCGCUGGUUCUUUUCAGGCCGGCCAUUAACAGACAAAAUGAGACUGGAAGAGCUGAAGAUUCCCAAGGACUAUGUAGUACAAGUUAUAGUGAGCCAACCUGUUCCAAAUCCCACACCAGUAGAGAAUUGACCAUCUCAGAAAACAGGCACACCGUCCUCUCACUCCUUGCUAUGUUUGUACGCAGCCUGUACCUUAUUAACUUCCCUAGAUAUUGAGUCCUGAGCUGUCAGAGCAAUGCGGGCCUCUUUGGCAGUGCGGGAUUUUGUAGCUGGGUUCAUGAACAUGUGAAUGCAGGAGGAAGAGCCGGGCUUUCCUCUGAUGUCAUAGGGGAGAAAAUGAGUUGUAUUUCUUAAUAUUGCAUCAAAAGACUUUUUAUAACAUCAGGAAUACUCUCUUUUUUUAUCUGUUCUAUAAAGGUUUGGACUGUCCGUGGAGUAUUUAGCAUUGCACUUUUAAAAAAACAAAAAAUGAAAAUUUGAAACAACCAAA